AUGGGUGCUGAGGAAAGUAGACGUGUGCCUCGAAAUAACAACUCACUGCCUGACAUCAUCUCCGCUUUAUAUGAGCAAGCUAACAAUAUCAGUCAAAGCUCACGUCGUCCAUCGGUGACCGAGUUCUCCCAAAACCCUGAACGGUAUUCUGGGUUCAUCUUAGUCGUAGUCCUUUCCACAGGAAAGAUGGCAGUUAUGACAAGACAUGAAGCGCGCGCCAAAGCAGCACAGAUUAAAAUCAUUUCUGAUAACAGCGAAUCAUUGAACACAGACUUCUUUCAGUCUUCUUCCAAUAGCGACAACGUUUUGGUAUUUGACCCUGCAACAGGAAAAAUUCAAGCCCGCGAUAGGGUGGUACGAAAUCCCUAUCAAAGGAGUGGAAACUUUUGGGAAACCUUGCAAGGAAGCUCCACAGAAGAAGUGUUGAUGUUCGACCCAACGACAGGGAAACUUGUAGUCCGUGCGAGGGAGAAAUAACAUCGCUAUUAAAGGAGUAGACUUUGUCUUUAGUGUUUCACUAGAUAUUACACAGGGCCGGACGGCUCUUUGUAUCUUUUACUUGUUGCUUCUUAGCGACCUUUUAUCGAUUAAACGGGAGAUUCUCUAAAUAACUAGAAAAUGGAGCGACUAGGCAUUAGUUCGUUUUUUAAUUCAUGUAUUCCAUAAAUCAUGCUAUUGUCAGUCAGUAUCAGCUUUCAAGGAAAACAAUGUUGGUGUUACUGCAGUGGAAACAAGUCCUUCGUACAU